CACUUUCCCCCCCCGUUAGAAAGCUGACACCCACACAACGUUUUACAACACUUCAGCUGGAGACGAGGCUCUACGAUGGCCUUGACUUUGGCAGACAGAGCCAUUGGGGCCAUAAUUGGGGCAGCAGUGGCAGAUGCAGCAGCCCAGCCCAUGCACUGGAUCUACAGUCCUGACAGGCUCAAAGAAAUUCUCGCCGACCUCGAGCCCCGUCCUGAGUUUCGGCCUCAGUCGGCGAAUCCUUUCUACCGCAGGCUGACUGGCGAGCAGACCUGCUAUGGAGAUCAGGCGUAUGUGCUGCUGGAGUCACUGAGCCAGUGUGGAGAUGUUGAUGUGGAAGACUUGACCAAGCGCAUCUACAAGUUCUUCGGCCCGGGCACAGUGUACGAUCUGCCGCUCAACGAUCCCUACAGGAAGAAAGGAGGUCCCAAAGCUGUCCUGCCCAUCGAUGGCCCAUGGAGAAACGGCAGCCUGAAGGCUUUCAUCAGAAAUGUAGAUGGCGGCAAAGAAGAAACUGGCUGUGACGUGGACUGUCAGAUGGACGGCGUCACCAAGCUGGCUCCGGUGGUGGCCAUGUACUCUGGCCGACCUGACCUGCUGGAGAAAGUGGAGACGGCCAUACGGGUGACCCAGAACAACGACAUGUGUGUGGCUGUGACGCUGGCUGCAGCUCGGUUUUUGGAGCACUUCAUUCUGAAUGGUCCAGAUCCCAAUGCUCUGGAUGCUGUUCUGGCUCAGCUGAAUGACCCGAAGAGACAGAACCCUCAGGAGCUGGACCGGGCUGUCACUAUGCACAUCCAGCAGGUGAAGGACAACCUGGACAAGACAUCCCAACAGCUCAUACCUGCUGUGUUCACAAACACAUGAGCCUUGCCUGGUGCGUUCCAGGGAGCGCUUCACGGAGUCCUGACGCUGAACCAGCUGGAUGAAGCCGUCAGGGACACCAUGCGCUGCGGGGGAUGCACCGCCAGCCGAGCCUCCUUCAUAGGAGCCUGUUUCGGGGCACAGACUGGUCUCCAGGGAAUACCAGAGUCUUGGAGGAAGAGGACGUUCAGAUAUCCUCUGCUGUUGGAGCAAGCCAAGAACGUGGUCCAAAAACGUCAGCAAAUGUAGUUCAGCUUAACCGCCCCCCCCCCCCAAUAUAAAUGUUAAAGUUGCCUUUCAAAGCUAUUUCAGAAGACUUUCUCAAGUUGCAGAUGUGCUUCGACAUGGAAAUCCAUGACAGUUGCAUUCUAAAGUCUCAUAGUGAAUGAAACUCGAAUCCGUUUGUUCUGUAGAAGCUGCAUCAUACAAUGAAGUGAAAAUCUGUGCAACAUGUUUCUGAUUAUCUGCUGCAGUUUAUCCUCAGCAGCUGCGUAGUAAGCAACAGUUUCAAAUAAAGGACUUUUAGUCACUAA